AUGAUCUUUACUAACAGAUCACAAGGUAGUGGUAUCGUUCGAGCGGGAGGCGGCGUGCGUCUCGGAAACCUCGGACUGGGUGUAUACAAACAAGGUCAGGCCGCACUGCCUCAUGGCACAUACCCGGGCGUUGGCAUCGGAGGGCACUAUACGCAUGGAGGCUUCGGAUACUCUUCUCGUCGCUGGGGGCUUGCACUCGACACGAUCGUGGCAAUGGACGUCGUACUGGCCGAUGGAACUCAACUUCACGUCACACGCACUACCCAUCCCGAACUGUACUACGCGCUGCGUGGAGCUGCAGAUAGCAUCGGUGUCGUGACUACCUUCUAUCUGCAGACCCAGCCUGCCCCGGCACAGAUCGUCAGCUACUCCGUGAACUUCACUUCCGCGCUGAAGUCUUCAUCUUCCGUCGCCGAUGUCCUUCUCCAGUUGCAGAAGUUUGCCCAAUCUUCUCCUCUCAUGGACCGUAACAUCACACUUGAGAUCUACAUGAACAUAUUUGGCACCUUCGAACUCCGAGGCUGGUACUUUGGCGACCGCACACACUUCUCCAGCGCCGUGCUUCCCGCCAUGCUUGAGGGUUUGCCCAAGGCCGACAACACAACGAUAGCGACCAGAAAGUGGCUCGAUGCGCUGCAGGAUAUCGCAGAAGGCGAACCUCUUGUUGAGCCUUUGACUGGCUACAACAACCACCAGACCUUCUACACCAAGUCCAUUGUUACGAGAGAGGCAAAGCCACUUACACGGCGCGCACUGGAGAGCUUUGCUGGAGAUGAAGUGAUGGGAUUGAAAUUUCCCGAGCAGGCUGCUUUGCGGCCUGCACCAACUGGUCUCGAUGCGGAAGGGACAUUGCAAGAUGCUGUAAGAGAACUAAUAACAUCCUACCACGACCUCAAUCCCUCGACAAUCGACACUCUCACCACUGAACCCUCACCCCUCCAAUUCAUGCGCCACGUCGCCCACAACCGACCCUUCGUAAUACGUAACGGAGCCAAAGACUUCAAAGCUAGAAAAACAUGGAACGCCUCGUACCUAAAAACCGUGAUGCAAGGCCAGAACGUCAACGUAGCAAUCACCCCCCACGGAAACGCCGAUUCAGUAGUAUCUCUCCCGUCAGGCGGCGCGAUAUUCGUCAAACCGUAUGAGACCGAAGAGCCCUUUGAAGACGUCCUCAACAAGAUCCAACGGCAAGAGCAAGAAAAAGACUACAGCGGUCCAACACGCUACGCGCAAACCCAAAACGACAAUCUACGUAACGAGUACUCCACGCUCUUCGCCGAUGUACCCAAGAGCAUACCGUUCGCACGCAUAGCACUUGAGCAAGAACCAGACGCCAUCAACUUCUGGCUUGGAAACUCGUAUUCCACGACUGCUCUGCACAAGGACAACUACGAGAACAUUUACGUUCAGAUUCUGGGUCAGAAGCAUUUCGUUCUCUUGCCGCCUGUAGAAGCGGGUUGUGUUAAUGAGAAGAGCGUCUUAGCUGCGACCUACAUUCCGAAACGGGAGGAUGGCGCGUCUCACAGUGCGCUAGAGAAGGGUGAUCUGGUUAUCAAGGUCGAUGAGCCAGAGGAAUACGUACCUUUCGCGACAUGGGAUCCGGAUCAACCUGCUGCCAACACCACGCCUUACUCCCAAUACUCGCAGCCACUCCGAGUCACGCUGGAAGAAGGCGACAUGCUAUACUUACCCGCACUAUGGUACCACAAAGUAAGCCAGAGCUGCAACGAAGAAGGGAUCUGUUGCGCAGUGAACUACUGGUAUGAUCUCGACUUCAGCGGCGGGUUUUGGAGUACCGCGAAUUUCGUGCGGAACGCCGGGUUGCUGAGCAUGGAAGAGAAGACUGCAGUGCAGACAAAAGACGAAAGAUGA